UAUUUUUUGGAGCUGGAGCUGGCAUUAGCAUUGGCAUCGGCAGCCGAAGAGGCAGCUGGCAUUGGCAGCCGAACAGUACAGCUGCGCACGACGCCACGUCGCCGCGGCAGGGGCAGCCAUGCGCACCGCUCUCCUAACAUUAGUAGCAGUAAAAACCCAAGCACAGCCGCGCUGGCGCCAGAGAAACCGCACGAACCACACGGUACACAUCCAACGAGUGACCUUGACGGUAAACGGGUUAGAUGCAGCAGACAUCGCCAUUCAUGUCCUGGCGACGGCGCACCACCAGCCGUUCCGCGUGCCGCACCAUAGAGCUGGUACGUACGACUGGUUCGUGGAUCGAUUAUAUGGGAGCGCGGCGACGUGGGGCGCCCAGUUUCCGGAGUUGACCUACGUGUUUGGUGGGAAUGGCAAGCUGGAACGGGAUGCCGCAGAGAGAGGUCACGAGACCCCUGAAGGUUUUUUGAGUUGCCACGUCGUCGAGCGCGGCCGCGACUGGACGCGGUCCGUGUGCGGGACCUUCGCUAUUUUGAGGUUCGCGAACUGCACGAACGACUACUAUGGUUCAAAAGGGCCGUGCUGUCGCAACCAAGAAUCGAUGAGAUGGGUGCUCAACUAUCGACCUCAUAUCAAGUGGUACCUGUUCCAGGACGACGACAUGUAUAUCCGGGGCCCGGCGUUAGUUGCGUUACUCUCGAGGUACGAUCCGGAUCGAGCCAUGUCCAUUUCCGGCCAUAAUAAUUUGAGAGGCUUCGCCCCCGGCAUGUGGCCCGUCUACCGCGAGAAGGGCUGUUUGUCCAAUUCGCAGUGCACCUUCAUGUUCCCCUGGAUGCAGCCCGCGGCCUUUUCGCGGGCGGCGCUGCGACAUCUCGCGCCCGCGAUACGACAAAGCGGAUUAACCGCGGAGUGCACGGCCUUCGGGGUCACGCACGAUGUUGGGUUAGGUAUCUUGAACUGGAUGGCGUCGCUCCCGACGGUCGUCCUCCAGAAGCAGAUAACCGGGACUACGGCAGGUAAAGAGGACAGUGUGGCAGUGCACAGCGUCAAGCGGUACAAGGGUGAUGUCACGGUCGGCGGCUUGAAAGGUCCCUCGGGCCCCGACGGCGUUUUGAGGAGCCAUGUUGGUUUGCACAACCAUUACAACGACUUCGAGGCGUCCGUGCGAGCCGGGUACGCAGCCGCGGAGGUGAAAGCAGCUAAUAUUUCAGGAUUCCGGUCCGCGACGGCGGUCGACGAUGCAUCCAAAAGACUCCCGCGGGGCUGGCGCGUCUACACGCCGGACGACUGCGCUUCGUUUAAUUCGAACCUGUCUCACUCCACAUGCGCGACGAACGCGCGCCGGGGCGGGCUGGACCUGGCGCGGCCGGCGCCGGGCCGGCGCCUGUCUAUGAGUGAUGCGGGGCCGGUCUUCGUCGCGCUGUGAACGCGACGACCGCGCCGUCUGUGGCGAGUGCGCGACGACCUCCGCGCCGUCGACGACGACCUCCACGCCAUCGACGCGCCUAUACGACGGCGGGAGAGAGGCGCCGGAAUUUGUGUAAGC